AGUAAACCCCUCCAAACAAUCUCCACCUUUGUCUCACUCUGCCUCCUCUGCAUCUCCCUCAACUCCCACACAUCUCGCACAUCUCGCGCACAUGGCUGCGUCCGUCUCCAUGGUCGCCGCAAGGUCCUGCGCGAGCCUCGCAUUGCCUUCAGAGUUCGUGUCGGCGCCUGUUUCGCGAGCGGCCGAUUUCGCCAGCUUUACUGGCCUCAAGGCCGUGCAGCCCGUCGCCACCGUCGCACAAUCCGUCGCACACCGCUCGUCGCCGUCGUGCCGCAGCGCAGUCGUCGUGCGUGCGGGAGUGGCCGUUCCCCCCUCGAUCUCCUCUCUGACGCCGGUGGGCGACCGCGUGCUGGUGCGUCUGGAGCAGGCGGAGGAGCGCACGGCGGGCGGGCUGCUGCUGCCGUCGUCGUCGCAGACCAAGCCGCAGGGCGGCAAGGUCGUCGCAGUGGGCGAAGGGCGAACCGCCGGCGACAAGACCAUUCCCGUCGGCGUUGAGGCGGGCGCGCGCGUGGUGUACAGCAAGUACGCGGGCACGGAGGUGGAAUACGAGGGCGCGGCGCACGUGCUGCUGCGCGAGGACGACAUCGUCGGCACCAUCGACGGCGACGACGUCGCACAGCUCAAGCCGCUCGCCGACCGCGUGCUCAUCAAGGUGCAAGAGGCGGAGCAGAUGUCGGCGGGCGGAGUGCUGCUGACGGAGAGCGCCAAGGAGAAGCCCGUCGUGGGCACGGUGGUGGCUGUUGGCCCAGGAACGGUGAAGGAGGACGGGUCGCGGCGGGCGGUGGAGGUGGAGGUGGGCAGCACGGUGCUGUACAGCAAGUACGCCACGAGCGAGUUCAAGAGCAAGGACGGCUCGCUGCACGUCGUGCUCCGAGAGGCCGAUGUCAUGGCCGUGCUCUCGUGAGGGGCUCACGCUGGAUGCUAGCGGUAGCUUAGUGUUGGGAGGGAUGAUUUGAUUGGAUCGCAGUGGUAGACCCAUUUACGGUACCAUAGUUUCAGUGUAGUAGGUUGAUCGUGCUUGCGGCAUUUAUUCUUAUCUCAGUAUGUGGGAGCGGGACCAACUCAGUAUUCUACACUGACAUGUGAAGUCUCAAUGCCACAAGCACCAGAGCGUGCAUGAGAAUCACUGA